UGUUCCUUUUCCCGAUAUUACAAGCUUUGUAUUCGGCUUAUUCAGAGGAGAAAACAAUCUGCCUCCGUUAAACAGUUUGCGUUGAAUAGAUGUUAAACAGUCUCUAAAUUGUGAAGCCUAGUGAUCGUAAUUUUUAUUUUGAAAGUGAUCGAGCGGAAACUUUUAACCAUGUUGUUGUUAACUACAAACUAGCUAAUGCUAUCGACAUCUAAGUAGAAAAUACACCACGCCACAGCGUAAAACUUGUUAUUUUCUUCUCUCUCUCUCUUUGUUUUUUAAAUCACGACAGAGCCGUAAGAUAAUUUAGUUGUCGUUUACCCCGUUGUGAGGUUUUAAUGACAAAUUAAACCAACAGUGACCAUUAAAUGGUAAAAGGUUACGGACGCAAUAACGUAGCUAACACCAAACGUUACCUGGGUUAGUGAUAAUCAAGCCUCAGCUAAGGAGAGACUUGUCGAAAUGAUUCUCUCUCGGGUCAAACCAGCCGUGGGAGGAGAGACAUCAACGAGCAUUGGUGAGAAAAACAAAAGAAAUAAAAGCAAGCUCCCCCGAUUGGAGGAAUACCUGCAGCAGAGAGACUACCUGGGAGCCUUGACGUUGUUAGAGUUUCAGAAAAAUAUUGGCGAGAGAGAGGAGGAUGCAGACCUCUGGAUUGGGUACUGCGCCUUUCACUUGGGGGAUUACAAGAAAGCUAUGGAGGAGUACAAGUCGAUGACCAACAAACCUGAGUGUCCUGCUGAGGUCUGGGUCUACUUGGCCUGUGCCCUGUUUUUUCUGGGGCUCUAUAAAGAAGCAGAGGAGGCUGCAUCCAAGGCACCUAUGUCCCCCCUCCAAAACAGGCUGCUGUUUCACUUGGCUCACAAGUUCAAUGAUGAGAAGAGGCUGAUGAGUUUCCACCAGAACCUGGAGGAUGUGACAGAGGACCAGCUGAGCCUGGCAUCCAUCCACUACAUGCGCUCGCACUAUCAGGAGGCCAUAGACAUCUAUAAACGCCUUCUGCUGCAGAACAGAGAUUUUCUGGCUCUGAAAGUGUACGUGGCUCUGUGUUACUACAAGCUGGACUACUAUGAUGUCUCCCAAGAGGUGCUGGCCGUGUACCUGCAGAGUAUCCCCGACUCCACUAUUGCUCUCAACCUCAAGGCUUGCAACCACUACAGACUUUAUAACGGCAAAGCAGCAGAGGCUGAGUUGAAGAACCUAAUCGACAUCUCUUCCUGCUCCUUUGAGUUUGCUAAGGAGCUUAUCCGACACAACCUGGUGGUGUUUCGUGGUGGGGAGGGUGCAUUGCAGGUACUGCCUCCUCUGAUUGAUGUGAUCCCUGAAGCCAGACUCAACCUGGUCAUCUACUAUCUCAGGCAAGACGAUGUCGAGGAAGCUUAUAACCUCAUCCAGGAUUUGGUCCCCACCACGCCUCAGGAGUACAUUUUGAAAGGAGUGGUAAACGCUGCUUUAGGACAAAAAAUCGGAUCAAGGGAUCACUUAAAAAUUGCUCAGCAGUUCUUUCAGCUGGUCGGAGGCUCGGCGAGCGAGUGCGAUACUAUUCCUGGCAGACAGUGCAUGGCCUCCUGCUUCUUUCUCUUGAAACAGUUUGAAGACGUUCUCAUUUAUCUCAACUCGGUCAAGGGUUACUUCUACAACGAUGACACAUUCAACUUCAACUAUGCUCAGGCAAAAGCAGCGAUUGGUAACUACAGAGAGGCAGAAGAGGUUUUUCUGCUCAUUCAGAGUGAAAAGAUCAAGAAUGACUAUGUUUACCUCAGCUGGCUGGCACGAUGCUACAUAAUGAACCAGAAGGGUCAGCUUGCCUGGGAGCUCUACCUGAAGAUGGGAACCUCCUCAGAUUCCUUCCAUCUGCUCCAGCUCAUUGCCAAUGACUGCUACAAGAUGGGUCAGUUCUACUAUGCAGCGAAGGCCUUUGAUGCACUGGAGAAGCUGGACCCAGCCUCCAACUACUGGGAGGGGAAAAGAGGGGCGUGUGUCGGCGUCUUUCAGCUCAUACUGGCAAACAAGGAGCCCAAGGAGACUCUUAAAGAGGUGCUGACCCUCUUGCGAAAUUCAGGAAACCCCCAGGUCGAGUACAUCAUCCGAAUUAUGAGGAAGUGGGCCAAAGACAACAGAGUCCUCCUCUCGUGACAGCCUUGAGGCUUCAGUGCUGAACUGAAGACUCCAAGCCCACGAUAAGAGCUGCCGGGAUGCAGACAGCAGCACUGAUGAUUUAUCCCACAUCAAGAAGGAUUUGUAUUUUUCUACUAUACUCUAGUUCUUUGUGCUGUUCUGUUUACAUGUAUUUAAAUUUAACACAUAAUUUAACCGGAUUAAACUUUUUUUAAAACAAA